UAGAAGUCUAUAAUAUUUUCUUAGAAGUUUUUGAGAUGGCCGGUGAAGUUCCAAAUUUGGAAGCGUCGAAGUUAACAGCUUUGGUCGUCGAUGACAACUUUGUAAACCAAAGUGUCCAUCAUAAACUUUUGGACCGUCUCGGGAUUAAAAACGACGUCGUAUCUAACGGCCAAGAAGCCGUUGACGUUCAUUGUUCCGGCAGAAACUAUGAUCUCAUCCUCAUGGACAUGGAUAUGCCCAUCAUGAAUGGUAUUCAGGCGACAAGGAGACUAAGAGAGAUGGGGAUAGAGAGCAAGAUAGCAGGAGUAACAACUAGAGCUGAGGAAGAAGAGGUGAAAGAGUUUAUGGAAGCUGGACUUAAUGACUUUCAAGAGAAACCUCUCACCAUCUCUAAACUUGUCUCUAUUCUUCAUAAUCUUGAGUUCUACGUCCAAACCUAGUUAAUAAUAUCUAUUUCUUAACCUUCACUUUAUAACAUACUUAUAGUUUUGAAUAUCCAUAGUUUCAAAUAGUAAUUGCCAA